CGGCGGUUUGUUCUCAGGCCCCGGCCUUUCCCACCGCGCGACGCCCCGACCCGCCGCUCCGCCGCGGUGGUACGGUCCAGGCCGCCAGGCCGCGAGGCCCCCCGAGCGGACGCCAGUGGAUGACCCGCGGCGGAGGAGGAGGAGAUACCAUCAGCAAAAUGCCAGACGUCGAGGAGAGUGUGCCCCCGAAAUAUCCUGGCGACUCAGAGGGCAGGUCCUGUAAGCCCGAAACCUCAGGACCCCCCCAGGAAGACAAGAGCGGCUCCGAGGACCCCCCUCCCUGCAAGGUCAAGGAGACAGUGCACAAUGCCUUUUGGGACCAUCUUAAAGAGCAACUAUCAGCAGCUCCCCCUGACUUCAGCUGUGCUCUUGAACUUCUGAAAGAAAUUAAAGAGAUCUUGCUAUCACUGCUAUUACCACGCCAGAACCGCCUGAGAAUUGAGAUUGAAGAAGCUCUGGACAUGGACUUGCUCAAGCAGGAGGCAGAACAUGGGGCCCUGAAAGUCCUCUAUCUCUCUAAGUACGUUCUCAACAUGAUGGCUUUGCUGUGUGCACCAGUUCGAGAUGAAGCAGUGCAGAAACUAGAAAACAUUACGGAUCCUGUUUGGCUACUGAGAGGGAUCUUCCAGGUUCUGGGCCGGAUGAAAAUGGACAUGGUGAACUACACUAUCCAGAGCCUUCAACCCCACCUGCAGGAACAUUCCAUUCAGUAUGAACGGGCUAAAUUCCAGGAACUCCUCAAUAAGCAGCCUAGUCUCCUUAAUCACACCACCAAAUGGCUGACCCAAGCAGCAGCAGACCUCACCAUGUCACCUCCGGCUUGCCCAGACACUUCUGACUCCUCCAGUGUGGCUGGCCCCUCUCCCAAUGAGGCAGCCAACAACCCAGAGCCCCUCAGCCCCACAAUGGUGCUGUGUCAGGGCUUCUUGAACCUCCUUCUCUGGGACCUUGAAAAUGAAGAGUUCCCUGAGACCCUGCUGAUGGACAGAACCCGGCUGCAGGAGCUGAAGUCCCAGUUGCACCACUUAACCGUCAUGGCCUCAGUCUUGCUGGUGGCCAGUAGUUUCUCUGGCAGUGUUUUGUUUGGCUCACCCCAAUUUGUAGAUAAACUGAAACGCAUAACCAAAUCCUUGUUGGAAGACUUUCACUCCAGGCCUGAGGAAGCUAUACUGACUGUGAGUGAACAGGUAUCUCAGGAAAUCCAUCAAAGCCUCAAGAAUAUGGGCCUUGUUGCUCUAAGCAGUGAUAAUACAGCAUCUCUAAUGGGACAGCUCCAGAACAUUGCCAAGAAGGAGAACUGUGUCCGCAGUGUUAUUGAUCAGCGGAUCCAUUUGUUUCUCAAAUGCUGUUUGGUUCUUGGUGUGCAGCGGUCUCUAUUAGACCUUCCUGGAGGCCUUGCUCUCAUUGAAGCAGAACUGGCAGAACUGGGCCAAAAGUUUGUCAACUUGACACAUCACAAUCAGCAGGUGUUUGGUCCCUACUACACUGAGAUCCUAAAAACCCUCAUUUCCCCAGCCCAGGCACUGGAAACAAAAGUGGAGUCUGUUUGAUAGCGUCGGCUCAGAGCCCUGGUACCUUGGACCCAAGAGGAGGCCCAUCAUCUUCCUGGAGUAACAUCACCAGUGACCAGCAGACAGUGAGCUUCUAUCCCAGGCCCUGCAGCCAGUACACCAAGGCUGUAGGGAUCAAGCAUGUAAACACCAACUGGUCCAUACCCAUUCACUAAUAAACUUCUUAAGUGCAAGAAAUCCUCCAUUUUUCCUGUGCUGCAGCUGAGGCCAAGCCCUAAUGACUUCAGCCCUCAACUAGCUGAGAAGCCAGCAAGCCCUCAGUUUUCCCCUCUCUGGCUAUGUGUACCUUUCAACAUAUAGAGCUGAACAGCCAAGAUACCCAGGUGCUAGCAUUAUUUUCUUUAAGGGUAAAGCAUUACUCCUGGGGAGCUCUUAGACCUCUGGAAUUAUCCAAAUUGUGAAUAUAAGGGUUUCUUUUGGAAGCCUUUGUUUUGUCCAGUUCACCUCAGGAGAGGACAUGGUUUAGGGAAGUUAGUUCAUUUCUAGGACCAAAUUUCCCUAAAGGUUUCAGAGAAUGCAACAAGAAGUCAAGGGAUAUUAAGAGCCUCAGUUUCCUCUUCUGUUGCAUGGUCUGAAGCAGUAUGCAUACCCGGGGCUGGAUGAAAAUGGAUAUUGGCUACAAGCAAGCAUUCUGUUGAGGACAAGUUCAGAGUUCAUGGGACCUCUCUUCUCAAGUUAUCCAGAGUUCAGACUUGGACAGUUAGGUCUGUGACUCACUUGUAUCAAGUUUAUUCCGGUCCUGUUCUCUAGCCCACUAAGUCUCCCUUCCCUCAUCUCUAAGCUUAGAACACCCGGUUUUUCCAGGCAGAGGUGAUGUGGGCAUUCAGAGGUGGAGCAGCCUCCAUCCUUCUGGCUUCUCCAUUCUGGGCAGUUGUGGUUGUAAGCUGUUGUUGGCAUCACAAAUAAGAGAGGUUCUAGGAAGGAUUUGGGCUUGUCUCCUGAGAUUGUAGAGACCAACUCAUUUUCAGGCUGACUGCAGCAGACCAGCUCCAACCUAGUAUGGCUGAAAUGAAGAAAAUGUUCAAUUCAGAUUUAGAAAAUGGAAAUUCAAUUAUGUGUUCUCAAGGCAAGGUGAAGAAAAACAAUGUUCUCAUCAUUUUAGGUGAUGGAAGUUGCUGAGUGUUAACACACCUAAUCUAGGAAGAACAACAGAAGGGGGAUUUGAGUUCCAUUAGGCCCAGUGUUUUCUUCUAAUUGAUUUCCUUUUUUAGAGGGUAGAUCCUAGGUAGGUGACAGAGCUAGAUCAACACGAUGUGACUUUUACUAUGACUAGAAAAGCUGGAGGGCCUGGAUCAUUCACAUUUUUCAUCUUAUAACUAGACAGCUUCAGGAUGGGGAAGCCCAGAUAAAGUGGUAUGUUUAAAAAACAGUGAGGCUUGCCCAGUUGGAUUCUCUGAUUUGCAACUAUUAAUUUGAAUUUUUAAAAAAUCCACGUUUUGGAAACCUCAUUAUUUUAGAGGUAAAAGUACUCUGAAGGGAUUCCUGGGAAGAAGAUUGUCCGGUUGGCAGGUGCAGACUCUGGACUGAUAAUAGAACCUUGCUUUGUACUUCACAAUUAAAAUAGGGACUCAUCAGUACAUUAGAAAAUUUGAAUUUAUUUUCUUAUGCUUUCUCAUGGAGGAGACAGGGAUCUUGUCCCUAAACAAGGAAAGAUAGCUCCAUUCAAUCCUGCCCACUGGUUUGAGGGAAUUUAAAAAAAUGUAUAUUUGUAUUUUAAAUUGUGGAGAAAAUACAUGUAAUAUGAAAGCUAUUAGUGACAUUGAGUACAUUCAGAAUGUUGUACAGCCAUCACGACUAACUAGUUCUAGAACAUUUUCAUCACCACCGAAGGAAAUCCCAUUCCAGCAACCAGUCACUGCCCAUUUUCCCCCAUUCCCUUCCCCUGGCAACCACUAAUCUUUCUGUCUCAAUGGGCUUUCUGACUCUGAAUAUUUCCUAUAAAUGGAAUCAUAUAAUAUGUA